UAACCCCCUCCUCUUCUUGCCUCUGCAGACCAGGCUUUUGUGACGUUGGCUACCAAUGACAACUAUGCUCGUGGAGCCAUGGUUUUGGGAAAGUCCCUCCGUAACCACAACACAUCCAAGAAGCUGGUGGCUCUCGUCGGUCCACAGAUGUCAGAGCCUUGCAAGGCGGUUCUGAAGAGGAUCUAUGACGAGGUGAGGGAGGUGGAUGUUCUGGAUAGCGGAGACACGGCACACCUGGCCAUGAUGAAGAGGCCCGACCUGGGCGUCACCUUCACCAAACUGCACUGCUGGACCCUCACUCACUACUCCAAGUGUGUGUUCAUGGACGCAGACACACUGGUGAGGCUCACACUGAGUCUUCCUUAA